UGUAAGUAAGCGCUGACCCAAAUAGUGAACAGCGAGCAACUACGACCUAUCCUAGCUCAAGCAUAGGAACCGAAACAUUUCAUACGACGACUGGUGAAUUUUUGCAUUUAUUCUCCCAUUUCGACUGCCAUACGAUAAAACAGUGGCGUGACACGUCUUGCGCACGAUAAACUGCAUGCUUUCGAUCAGUGAGUAGGCUAAUGAUGCCAGGUUCUAAAGCCAUACCAUGAUAUACUGCUGGUGCCUGGACGGGGUGAUCCAGGAUUAUACCGAGAUAAUGGCAUUGUUACACCUGUCAUGCUGAAUAUCAAUAGCAUAUGUAUCAGUAUGAUUAUAAUGGUAGAAUGUCGUCUGUAUUCAGCCAUAGAUCAUUGUCAGAGUGGCCACUGCGCAACCUUGGCUACUACUAAUGUCGACUGUGAGGCAGGUUUUUAGAGAUGAGUAACGUUAGCUUGCGUAGCCUAUGGCGAUGUUCAGCGUGUAAAACAAAAUUGGCCAACUUUCUUAUGGGCCAUAAUUCUAGGCUUAUUCGUGAUUAUUAUACAUUGUGUUUCAUUUGCAGGGUUUGACAUGGAAAUGUAUAUUAAACAUCUCAAUGUGUUGUCAUUUCAAACGAGGUAGUGCCAAAGACUGGGGGGCAUUCUGUCAUCCGAGAAAGUGCUCCUCUGAACUGUCUGUCUACAGCAGCCAACAUAGGAUUUACGAGUGUGUUUUUGAUUAGCCUUGUUGAGAGAAGGGAAGGAGGAAGACUAAAAAGCCAGUGAAACUUUGCCAGCCCGGAUCUAAAGUUUACCAACGCAGACAUCCUUGUUAGCUUUUUUUCUCAUGGGAACUUGCGUCGAAAAAGUCGGUGACAUAGGUGGAAUCCCAGUGACCGCGUCACAUGGCAGAGCAAGCGCACCUCUGCAGGCACCACGUCACGACUGGUCUCGAGUCACUGCGCUGGCAAAAUGCAAAUGACAAUUGUUUAGAAUAACUGACAGCCAAGUAUUUUUUAACUGCGGCUUUUUGUAUUAUAUGAAAGGGAUCUGGAACGAAGUCAUUUGGACUUCUAAAGUCAGAAACAACUUCUAAAAGCCAGGCUUUUUUGACAGCUGUCAUCGCAGUCGGUUUCAUUAUCAGGAUACAGCCGUUGGUAAGACUGAGGCAGAUGGAAGUGUGGCAUGAUCUGCUUGCUGGAAUGCGGAUCCGAGAAAUGACCUAUAUCAUGCAGGUUUGUUUGUCAUGUUGCUCUCUAGUCUGCCAGGGCAGUAGAGGGUCAGGGGGAGUGUCAUGUUGAAGCUGCUCUUCCACAUAGUGCUGGUGUUGACCUGUCUUCACCCUUCACCUCACCUCCCUCCCCACAUAACCUAACUCCAGCUGCUCUCAGUCUCCACCCUCUUUCACCACUUGGCCAGGAGAAAGGUUGUUGGUCCUCGUGGAAAAUGUCCUAUGCAUAUCAGAACCUGUUUAGCUGGAGUCGACCUCGAUUGACACAGCCAUAUCUCCUCUUCCUAUCACUGGGCUUCUUUUGCUGCUUAGUUGCUCCCACAGGUGUAUCUGCCGAGAUCUGCAGGGUGACGGGGGGAGUGUUGGGGAUCCACUGGAGCAGCGUGGUCGGUUUAGGCUGGCGCCCCCUGGCCGUGGGGAGGGGUGGCGGCAGCUGCUGGGAGUCCUGCUGCCAAGAGCCAGCCUGCAGCGCCGUCUGGAGCCUGGGGGGGCGCUGUGUGCUGCUGAACUGCUCAAACAGAGGAGUCUGUCAAGUCACGUCUCUCCCCCAGCCCCACAUCGAGUCCCUGGGGCUCCUGCAGCUGCUUUCAAAGGGCACCACCACAGCUCGGACGAGAAGGCUCAGGCAGGCACCAACAGGAAAGGGAAGUGAGGCCGUAAUCCAGAAAUAUGGGUCGGACCACCAACAUUCUAGCACUGGGGUUUCCAAGGAUGCAGAGCAUCCAGCUCCAACAGUUGGCAUCACCAGCGGAGUAGCUCUCCCUCAAACAUCUGAUAAGAAUCACAGCCAGUUAACCAAUGGAGGAGGAGAAGCUCCAUCACCCUCACAACAGAACUCUACAUCAGAGGACACCAUAGACACAGCAUCUUCCAACAGCAGCUCUGUGCUUCCCACUACUGAUCCUACAAUCGCUACAUCACCAACCCAGGCUGUCCGGGAGUUGGUGGUGUCGGCAGGCGAGAGCGUGGAGGUCACACUGCCGCGCAACGAGGUGGAACUCAAUGCCUUUGUGGUGCCAGCGCCCCAGCCAGGGACCAACUAUGCAUUUGACUGGCUCUUGAGAACUCAUCCCAAAGACUACAGUGGAGAGAUGGAGGGGAAGCACAGCAAGACGCUCAAACUCAGCAAGCUGACAGUGGGGCUGUAUGAGUUUGAGGUGACGGUGACGGUGGACGGUGACGGAGCACACGGAGAGGGCUAUGUCAACGUAACAGUCAAACCAGAGCCGCGGGUAAACAAGCUGCCUGUCGCUGUGGUUUCCCCAAUGUUCCAGGAGAUAUCCUUGCCAACCAGCUCCACGGUGAUCGAUGGCAGCCAGAGCACAGAUGAUGACAAGGUGGUUGCGUGGCACUGGGAGGAGGUGAAGGGCCCACUAAGGGAGGAGAAGGUCUCGGCAGACACUCAAAUCCUCACCCUCACUGGCCUGGUCCCAGGGAACUACACCUUCAGUCUGACGGUUACUGACUCGGACGGGGCCCAAAGCGCCACCCAGGCCAUGCUGUCGGUCAACAAGGCCAUGGACUACCGGCCGGUGGCCAACGCCGGGCCCAACCAGGUCAUCACGCUACCGCGCAAUGCAGUCACGCUGCAUGGCAACCAGAGCGCGGACGACCACGAGCCGCUGGCCUACGAGUGGUCGCUCAGCCCAGAGAGCAAAGGCAAGGUGGUGGAGAUGCAGGGCGUUCGGACUCCCGCUCUGCAGCUAUCUGCCAUGCAGGAAGGAGACUACACCUUCCAGCUCACUGUCACAGACACAGCCGGACAGCAGGACACAGCACAGGUCACUGUUAUCGUCCAGCCAGAGAACAAUAAGCCCCCAGUAGCAGACACCGGCCCAGAGAAGGAGCUGACCCUGCCUGUGGACCGCACCACUCUAGACGGCAGCAAGAGCACGGACGACCAGAAUAUCUCCACCUACCACUGGAAACAGAGCAAGGGUCCGGACGGAGUGAAGAUCGAGAACGCCGAUGGCGCCAUUGCCACGGUGACGGGGCUGCAAGUAGGCGAGUACGAGUUCAGUCUGACUGUGACGGACGAGAGGAAACUGGCGAGCACUGACACGGUCACGGUCAUCGUCCGACAGGAGUUAGACCAACCCCCAGUAGCCCAUGUCCAGUCCAGCCCGGCCAUCUCUCUGCCCCUGCGGACUGCAACCCUGGAUGGCUCCCACUCCACAGACGACAAGGGCGGAGUCGGCUACUUGUGGACCCGUGACGACAGUAGUCCUGCAGCAGGGGAUGUACUGAACAACUCUGACCACCAGGCGGUGCUGUUUCUCACUAACCUGGUGGAGGGAAAGUACAGCUUCACUUUGACUGUGACAGACAGCAAGGGCCAGAGCAGCUCAGACAGAGGGACUGUAGAGGUCAAACCAGACGUUUGGCAGCGUGACCUGGUGGAGCUGGUGCUGGAGGUGUCUGUGUCCCAGGUGUCCCACCGCCAGAGAGACAUGCUGCUCAGACAGGUGGGCGUGCUGCUGGGCGUGCUGGACAGUGACAUCAUCGUACGGGAAGUCAGCGCCUUCAACGAUCACAGUACUCGUCUGGUGUUCUUGGUGUCUGGGGGUCCGGGUCGCCCCCCUCUGUCGGGUCACAGUGUAGCUCUGGGGCUACGCAACAAACUACGCAAACUACGCAAACAGAAGAACGACUUCCUCAUCUUCAAGGCACAGCGGGUGGACACAGUCAUAUGCCAGCUGAACUGCUCCAGUCAUGGGGAUUGCGACUCAUUCACGCGGACCUGUGUCUGCCACCCAUUCUGGAUGGAGAAUUUCAUCAAAGCACAGCUGUGGGACCAAGAGAGCAACUGUGAAUGGAGUGUUCUGUAUGUGACCAUAGCAUCCUUCAUGAUUGUGGUUGCCAUCGCGACAGUUGUUUGGGGUAUGGUGUGUUGUUGCCGCAGGCGUAAGGGUAAAGUGCGCCACAAGAGCAAAAGCCGCUACAAGAUGCUUGAUGGUGAAGAGCAGGACAGCCUGGAGCUACACCCACCCCGAGCUGGCCGAAUGAAGCCAGCCCCCGCCCCCUCCUCCUCCGCCCUCAUGCGCUCUGACUCUGACUUGGACAGUGACGACGGCCAGGGAGGGGUCCCAUGGGCAGACAGGGAACGAGGACACCUCCUCCGACCUCAGAACGGAACCCUGAGAAACGGCCAGGGCCCCACCAGGAGCAAAAAGCAAAGAGAGGAGCUGCCAUAGCAACAGAGGGUGGUGGAACACCCCUCCCCACCCCUAAACCCUCACCACCCACUCUCUUUUGCUCUUCUCCACCACACAAACCAUACACCUCUCCACCCAUAGGACACUCAAGACAUAUGGGUCCUGAAGAAUGAGAGAGAAACCUGUUGGGCACAGGGUCAAGCCUCCCACCCACACACCCCCAUAUUGAAACUUCCCUGCGCCCACACUGAGCCAAGAUGAAGGAAAUUAGGUUUAACCUUUGAGAAGGACAGACCAUGUAAUGGAAAAAUGGGGGGGGGAGUUGAUAGGGGAAUGAAUGGUCAGAAUGUCAAGUUGAGCGCUGUUCACCACUGAGACACUGAGAAUGUACCCCCCCCCCCAGGAGACUGCAAUUGAAGACUAGACUGAUCGAUCCUGUUCCCUUCAGACAGUAACUUUACUCCACUCCAAUGUCAUGUGUAUCACAUGGAAACUGAGCCUGUCACACACACACACACACACACACAGAGAAGCUCUCUGAGACGCAUACUUCUUCCCAGGUUGCUUGACACAACACACUUCCAAUUCCAAGUACUGUUAGGCAAAACCCAAUGCUGGCCAACUCUACUCUGACAUAGGUUACAAUAUGAUUGACAAGUGACUUGUCUAGAUGAAAACCAAUCACGAUAUCUGUGCAUGAGAGCACAGUUGCGGUAUGUAUUAAUGUUUGAAUGGUGGUUAGGUCUGCAUGAGUUAUCCAUGUUGUGUGUGCCCAAAUGUGUCUAAAAAUCUGAAUAUGCGCGCUUUUGGUCAUUGUGCCAAAACGUCAGAAAAGCGUUGUGUGUUUGACACUUAACCAGCAUUGAGAGUCAAAACUGCUACUGUUGCUGUCAGCCAUGUUGGUCAGAGUCAGAGGAUCCUGGGAAAUGCUGUUUUUUGAGAGCCAUGCCUCAUACUGUAUGAACUCACUGGAUGACACACUGGACUACACAACGUUGACGCCCCCACCCCUAUGACUGUGUCCCUGGGAGAUGAUGAUGAAGACACCAAUGACACAUGGGGAAGAAAGGGGUAAUGCUUCCUACUCACUCACCUCAGACACUAACGACUGUUAGAACCUGGAAGACCACUUAAUGUCUGUUUUAAGUUUUAUUUUGCCUAAUCAUUUUGAUUGUGAUGCACUUUGUUUUUCACGCUCACCGUGGCACUGUCUGUCUGCAUCUCUACUGCUCUCACAGGCUGCUAACUGAACAAGUGUUGAUCCACACAUAUUGAAUUUAUUCAGUUCAGCCGUAGAUACAGAGUGGGACUCUCCAUUGCCCAACAUGUACCUCCUCCAAACUUGAGUGGUGUUGUCACUUUGCAUGUAGAUUACUGUGAACCUGACCCUUCAGUCUGACUUUAGAGUUACUUUUUUGGUUUAGAGUUACUUUUUUGGUUGUUGAAUGUUUAAGAUGAAAGCCCCCGAUCUAAUCGGAGGAACGCUCUGUGAAAUAAGCAAUCAUUUUUUCCAAAACCUUUCUCAGUGCAAAGUCAUCUCAUGCUAUUCCUCCAUUGCACUAGUCGAGCACAUUUUAUGAAAGAUUGGCAGCGUGCAUUCUGGGAUAUGGAGUCCUCUGUGAAGGCAGACAGGGAGCAGCCACAAAAUGAAGGGAUUCUGUGUUCAUUUAAUUGUUAAAUAACAAUCCUUUUAGUGAAGGAUUCACCUCACUAUGUGACCAGACCUUAUGAAACUGGAUUAUCUGUAAAUUAAAAUCAAAUAUGUUUUAA